GGGCGACGAGCUGAUGGCCUCGCAGCGCUGGCGCUGGUGCUUUCGCGGCUUCCGCUACCAGGAGGGCAAGGGGCCGCGGGAGGUGUGCAGCCGCCUGCGGGAGCUGUGCCGGGGCUGGCUGGAGCCCCAGCGCCGCAGCAAGGAGACGAUGCUGGAGCUAGUGGUGCUGGAGCAGUUCCUGGCCGUCCUGCCCCGGGAGAUGCAGAGCUGGGCGUGGGGGCACGACGUGGAGACCUGCGCCGAGGCGGUGGACGUGGCCGAGGCGUUUUGCCUGGGGCUGGUGCCGGACGAGGAGCCCGAGGUCGCGGGGCGCAGGCCGCUCGAGGACGUGGAAGGACCCGGAGCACGGCUGGAAACUCUCUGCACCCAUCAGGAGCCGGCGUGGUCCCGUCCUGAGCACGCGCCCCUAGAGGAAGCGGGAUGGGGUAAAACCCCAGGGCCUCAGGAGGAGCUGCCUCCUGUCCCCACAGACAAGUCCCCGCUCCGGCAGGAGCCAGCAGGUGCAGGGACCCUGAGCACAGCUGGGGAGCAGCCUGCUGAGGAUGGGCCUGUAAACCUGGAGCUGCUGAGGCUGUCCCCAGGAAAAUCAGGGGAGAAGGGGCUUCUGACGCCUGAGCCGGACCAAGUGCACGAGGAGCAGGGCAGGUGCCCACAACAGAGAGAUGACACAGCCGUGAAUGAGCUCCUGGAGGCAUUUGAGGACGUGGCAGUGUAUUUCACGCAGAAGGAGUGGGAGCUGCUGGAAGCUGGAGACAAGGAGCUUUACCGGGACCAGAUGCUGAGGAAUUACCAAGCCCUUGUUUCCCUGGAUCCUUUCUCCAAGUCCCAAUUGGAUGCUGGAAUAACCACCCCCUCUACACUCGCCAACACAGGGUAUCAAGGUCCUGCACCGGACUUAAUUUGCCGCAUCCAGCGAGGGGAGAUGGAGCUCUGGGUUGGUGAUAAGAAGGCAGCUGGAGAAAGCUCGUUAUCUGAGGACUUGGCCCCAGAGAGCCUAACUCAUGGGAAAACCCCAGUUGCCACAAGCAAUUUUAUCACAGCAAGAAACGCUUCUUCCAGAAUAGAAAAUCGGGACAAACGUAUAUCCUCGUGGCUUUACCCUGCAACAAAAGUGAUUUCACGCAACACCCCCAGAGAAGGAAGUGGCGCUUCGGAGAAGCAGCUCCUAGAAACACCAGAGGGAUGGGGACAGGGACGGAGGCCUCUAACAGCACUUACAGAAAACCACAGAAACGUUCCACUUCAAAACCAGAAUGCCCAAGGACCAGAAGGCCAGAAGAACCGAGCAAAAAGGCAUGGUAAAAAGAAGAUAAAACCUCAUGGUUGCUCAGAAGAAAACAUACCGCCAGACCCUGGGAGAACCACCCAUAAAAAGACAAGGCUUCACAGCACCAAAGCUGGUGAAUUGGGGUUGGUGAAUAAGAAACCCACGACAGAUUGCACACGCACUAUAGAAAAGCCAGAGGAGGAGGAGGAGAAUCUUCAUCUGCUUUUGAAAGAUCAUGACUAUUUUGAACACCAAAAGAGGAUUGCUUUGGGAGGUGUGGGUGCCCAUCUUGCCUUGAAAGACCAUGAUUAUUUUGAAAGCACAAAGAGCGGGUCUUUGGCAGGUGUUGGCAGGCAUAUAUAUUUCAGAAAUAGUGCACGGAGUGCUUUGAAAGAUCAUGAUUAUUGUCAGAGCAAAAGGGCCUCUUUUGUACAAAGAAGAGGUGGUCUGCGUGGAAUGCAUCAUAGGAAGGGAGGAGGUGAUAAACCCUGGGAUACAAAUGGAAGGCUUACCAGCAAGUGGUUUGAAGGGCAAAAAAUAAGGGCCUGGCUAAAGAUGAGAAUGAGGAAGGCUAAAAUCCUGUUGAGAAAACAUAAGAAAUCCCCUAGAGAUGGUGCUGGUAGUAGGUGUAUUUUAGAAAACCGAUUGGAGAGUCCCUUGAAAGCUUCUCCUCCUCCAGAGCCCGUGGAGUUAGAGAACAGGGAUGGAGACCAUGAUUUAAAUGUCCCGUUGGAGAGUCCCUUGAAAGCUUCCUCUCCUCCAGAGCCUGCAGAGUUAGAGAGCAGGGAUGGAGACUGUGAUUUAAACGACCAGCUGGACAGUCCCUCGGAAGUUGAUCCUCCUGGAGCUGUGGGGGUUAAUUUGCCAGACGUACGUCUGGUGCGGGUGAGAAGGCAGGACUGGCCCGUAGCUAGGUUUGGAGCCGCAAGGUAUUCCGAAGAGUUCCGCUUUGUAAAUCUGGAGCUUGUGCCGCUACACGUGGCAUACAAAGCUAUAAGCGGGGGGAUAGAAGAAAUCAUAGCUGACCUCCACGAGAAAUUCACGCCUGCCGACUAUGCCCAGGUACGCAUUGAGGCAGAGACCGCAAGGAACUGCUUAUAUUCUCGAACCAUUCGUUUAAAUCAGAUGACCACUGACCUGUUUGUAGAGUGGCUCAGAGACCUGUCGCAAAGCCAGAGAGAGAUACGCUUUGAUUCAACGUUCUGGCUGGUCGCGGUUGUUGUAAGAGGAGUAGGCAGCGGUGGGCGAAGAGUGAUAAAUUCUAUCCCCUACUCCGAACUCAUCACUAGAAAAAGGAAGUAUUUAAUCGACCUGAAUACCUUUGAUACUAAUCUGUGUUUUGCAGGCAGUCUUUUGGCUCUCACAACACACAAAGGAGCCACAGAUGCUGUACUGCUAGCUGGUGCAAACCAGCUGCACAGAAAACUGGAGUGGCCAGCUCAGAAAAAGGUCACGCUCAACGAAGUAGCAUUGUUUGAAGACCUUGUACAAGUUAACAUUCAUAUCGUAAUGCAUAAGGAGGAAAAGGGCUGGGGCUUAUUUAAAACGUACAGCUUUCCCAGGUACCCCAAUACCUGCUUCCUUCUGCUGCACGAUGGACAUUAUUAUGGCGUCAAGGAUGCGAGAAAGUUAUUUGGUGUGAGAAAUUACUGCGAUCUUUGCCAUGCGUUGUAUAGUCAUAGCCACAAGUGCAGGUUCUGGUGCCGCCUCUGUCUGAGCCCGGGGUGUGCAGACAACGUGGGCGUAGCAGAAAAAUGCCCUACCUGUAAGCUGGUCUGUCGGUCCAAAGAGUGCUUAGACAGGCACAUGGCUCUGGCCUCCGAAAAACAGAUUGACUGUCUCUCUAAAACGUGGUGUUAUGCGUGUCAGUCAUAUGUGGACAAAGACCACGAGUGCAACAACAGGCAAUGCAAGCAGUGUUACAGGCAGAUCUCUGAUGCAGACAAGCACCGGUGCUUUAUGCGCAAGAUUACAACACCUGAAAUAGGCACUGGGUACAUUUGCUAUGAUUUUGAAUGUAUCCAGGAGACAGAGAUGCACGUGCCCAAUUACAUUUUUGCAAUGAAGCUAGCUCCAGAAAAACCUUGGGAAGCUGAGGCCAAAAAGGCAGAAGAUACUUGGGAAUUUAAGGGUAAAUGGUGUGUCUCUUACUUUAUUAAGGCCUUUAUCACUAAAAGGUUCCAGGGCUACACCUUCAUAGCUCACAACACCAAAGGCCGUGACAACUACUGCAUAGUUAGCCAGCUAUCGAAGGAAAGAAAGGGUGUGAAACUCAUCGCCCAGGAAGGUAAACUCGUGUGUAUCGAAGUGACCAGCCUGGGUAUCCGUUUCAUAGACUCUUCAAACUUCUUGCCAAUGAAACUUAACAAGCUUCCACAGGCAAUGGGAUUUGAAGGAUGUAGAGGGUAUUUCCCUCGUCGUUUUAACACGCCAGAAAACCAGAAUUACGUGGGACCUCUCCCGGAGGCACGGUACUACGGAGUCGAAAGUAUGAUGCCUUGUGAAAAGGAAGAAUUUCUAGAGUGGUACUGGGAGAACCGUGAUAAGACCUUUGACCUGCAGAAGGAACUGGCCUAUUAUUGCCAGCAAGAUGUGAAAAUGUUGAUGGAGGCCUGCCGGCUCUACAGGAAGGAGAUUAUGAAGAUGACACGGCAGGGAGACACGAUGGAGAAGACGGGUAAACUCGUGACCAAUUGCUGCAUAGACCCCUUCCAGUACAUCACGCUGGCAUCUGUCUGCAUGGCCACGUACAGGUUUAUGUUUCUGAAACACGAGACCAUAGCGCUUCUGCCCCCGGACAACUAUCACAGACAGAGAAAGAGGUUGUCAAGCCCCUCUACUCAAUGGCUAAUGUACAUAUCGGAGAAAGAAAAUAUUCCAAUCCAGCACGCUUUACAGGGUGGAGAAUUUCAGGUAGGCCCCUAUUUUUUAGACGGCUAUGCCAAUAUUGAUGGGAAACAGAUGGCCUUUGAAUUUAACAGCUGCUUUUUCCGUGGCUGUCUCAUCUGCUACUACGAAAAAGACUGGAACCCACUGAUGGGGACAACCUAUGGUUUUCUGAAUUACCAGACACUGUACAAGACCGAUUACCUCAAGAGAGCGGGGUUUACUGUCCAGACCAUUUGGGAGCACGAGUGGAGGGCUCUGUUACAAUCGGACAGGAAGCUUACUGAUUUCCUAAGCAGAACCCAGCUGCCUUCUCCUCUGGUGCCUAGGGACGCUCUCUUCGGGGAAAGAGCUGAGGCUAUCUGUCUCUAUUACAAGACUAAACCGGGUGAACAAAUACACUAUUACAAUUUUACCGGCCUCUACCCCUUCAUAAACAGAACGAAGGAAUACCCCGUCGGGCACCCUGAAAUCAUUGACAACAACUUCGGACCCCUGUCGAGCUAUUUUGGAAUCGCCAAGGUGAAAUUGUACCCGCCGCAAAGCCUCUUUUUCCCCGUGCUACCUCUCAAGGUGAAUAGGACAGUUAUGUUCCCGCUGUGCCGUGUCUGUGCAGAAACAAGCCAGCAAAAGUGCACACACACUGAUGAGGAGAGGGCCCUCGUGGGCACGUGGUGCACUCCGGAGUUGAACAAAGCAAUCGAGAAGGGGUACAAAGUGGCUAAAAUCUAUGAAGUCUGGCAUUUCAGCAAGACGACUAAUGCACUUUUCUCACAGUACAUAAAUCUGCACCUCCGACAGAAACAGGAAGCCUCAGGCUAUCCUGCCUGGUGUACCGACCAAGACAAACGAGACCGAUACGUGGCUGAUUUCUUCCAAAAAGAAGGCGUAUCUUUACGCCAAGAGCAUAUUAAACCCAACCCUGCAAAGCACCAAAUUGCAGAAUUGUUUCUAAAUUCUUUGUGGGGCCAAUUUGGCCAGAGGACAGACCUCCCGAACACCACCACCGUGAGAGACCCCGGUGAACUCUUUGGCUACCUUUUUUCUCCCAGCUACGACGUUUUAUCUUGUGACUUCAUCGAUGACGAGAUGGCCUGCGUGUUGUGGAAGUAUGCCAAAGAGUGUUACAAGCUCUCAGACAGCACUAAUAUCUUUAUAGCCAGUUUUACCACCGCUUAUGCACGCUUAGAGCUGUACGAGCUGCUGGACAGGUUGCGAGACCGGUGCCUGUACCACGACACCGACUCCGUGAUAUUUGUGAGCCGCAAGGGAGACUGGAACCCUCCGCUCGGCGAUCGUUUGGGCGAGCUCACGAGCAGGAUCCCGGCAAAUGAACACAUCACGGAGUUUGUUUCUGCAGGCACGAAAACCUACGCGUAUAAGCUGUCAGGAGGAAAGGCCUGCUUGAAGGUCAAAGGCAUUACCCUGGAUGCGGCCAAAUGUGGGAAAGUCAGCUUUGAGACCUUGAGAGAUCUCAUUCUAGAUGCCAGUGACCCCCGGCGGGGACACCCCUAAAACAAUUGCGACGCGGCAGCGCUCUGUCCUCGGGACCGGAGAGGUAGACAACACAAACCAAGGCCCUUCAAACACAGCAAGUCCUUUAUGCCAAGGGUCCUCGCAGGAAACUUUAAGAGCCUCCCGUAUGGUUUUUGAUCGUGGAGACACGGUGCCUGCAUACAUUUCCUGUGAUUCUCAACUCUAGCAAAAGUCACUUUAUAAAAAAAUUUUAAAAAAAUCUAUAUUUUGUGGUGCUAUAACUGUUUGGCAGCCCAAACAGUGUGUAAAGAGCUACUUUAUCAAUACCUUUUUAUCAAAUUUAUGAAGGGAUUGCCGGACAGUCUUAAUGACAAUCUUAAUAAAGUAAAUACGACUGUGGUGGAUGAUUUGAUGGACUCUGCUUGUGAGAGUGGUGAGACCUGAGAGGCUGUGAGCAGCAUGUAUAUCCUCCAGAUACGUUUUUUCUGCCAGGGGGGGAAAGGAGUUGCACCAUUUAACCCAAAACACGUGGUUCUGUUUAAAAAUCCCAGAGAGAAACUAAAGGUGUCCCUGACAAGGCGCAAUUCUUUCUAGAAGCUUUUGGGGAUGCUAAUUUUUUAGCAUCCCUACUUACCAUCCUUAUGGGUGGUACACGUUAACACUUCUACCCCAGAGACUUUUAGAUUCAGAACCAGGCUUUUCCCUCCCAACCAGCCGACUUUGGAAAAAAAAACAGUGGGUGGGAACCGUUUCAGCAAUUGCUCUGAACAUCUUAGAAGGAAAUAUCCCUUUGACCCCCCCACCGCAUCUGUGCGCUGAAAGAGCGAUGCAGAAUCACGAAAAGCAUAAGACAUAAGGGACUCUCUGUUAAGAGAGAAACAGGUGGUGAAACAGUCUAGGGUAUUUAUCCCCCCACCUCCAGUUAAGUUUUGCUAUGGCUUUGAUCAUGGGGCUUUGGACUAAGGAGUGAUGGAGUAUGCAGAAAAAAAUGUACCUGGUGCCCAACCACCAGCUGGAGCAAAUAAGGGCUCUGCUGCUGCCGGACCUGCUUAUUGAAUGCUGAAGUAAGGGUCAUUCUCCAAAGGCUGGGCUUAGUUGAAUAUGAUAAAGCUAAACUGGAUCAUAGAAAACGAGGGUGGGAAGGGAGCUCAGGAGGUUACAUCUAGUCCAACCCCUUCCUCAAAGCAGAACCAGCCCCAAGCAGAUCAUCCCAGUCAAGGGUCUUAAACACAUCCAUGCUUCAAAAACACCUGAUGUAUGUGAAGCAGGGUGACCUGGACCGAGGGAACCCCUUAGAACUGCGAAAUCCCUAGAAACUCCACCGAAUCCUGACCCCGGCAGUCAGGAAGUGUCGGAUAACGGGCAUGCUCGAUAUAGGAAAAAUGCACAAGUUGCUCAGCAAGCUGAGCUAGCCCAAGCUCCUUUUUCUUGAAAUGAUCAAGGAGGUUUUGUGCACUAAGGAACGGCCACGAAGGCCACAUCCAGAUGAGCGAGCAUGUGCCUGUUUGGCAUCUCAAAGCAGUUUGGGACACCGCAGGAGGCACAGCACGGACAAAAAAAAGUUCCCUGUGCUGCAAAAUGGGCUGCAUGCAUGCGAGCGAGCACCCCUCUCUUAGAGAAGAGAUUCUUGAUUGGGGGGGAUGGGACGCAUGAGAAUGGCUUAGAAAAAAUACUGAAUGGCAAAAAAGACAAAAUCAACAGGGAUUUAUUAUUUGCUAUCUCACCAUUCCAAGAACUAGGGGUCCCAGCAUGAAACCAAUAGGUUGUAAGUUUUCAAGUGGACCAAAGGAAGUUAUUUUUUCACCCUAUGUGGAAUUAAAGGGUGAGACUUAUUGCCACCAGACAUGGUAGAAACUGCAAGUUUGUCCAGAUUCAUUGCAUUCUUGGAGGAAAGGGGCAUCAAUCGCUAUUGAACAUGGGUUACACUGGACAAUAAGCUGAAUAGGAGCCAGCUGGCCUUGUUGCAAAGAAGCCUAAUGGCAUCCU